GAAACCUCCGUGUUCAUAAUAUAUAUGCGGCGAUUCGAAAAGCAAAUCCCCAAAUUGGAAUUGACAAACGCGGAACCCUAACGCACCCUCCUUUGUUCCUUCUUGUCAUUGUGUGCGUGAAGGCAACGCAGCAACUCCAUGGUGUUCUACUUCAAAGCUCGCCCUGAAGCUGGCGAUUUCACCAUCUUCAUGGGUCUUGACAAGUAUGAGAAUGAAGAGCUCAUCAAAUACGGUUUUCCUGAAGACAUCUGGUUCCAUGUUGAUAAGAUGUCUUCGGCCCAUGUCUAUGUUAGGCUGCACAAAGGUCAGACUAUCGAUGACAUGAGCGAAGGUUUACUGGAAGACUGUGCUCAGCUUGUCAAAGCAAAUUCAAUUCAAGGAAAUAAAGUGAACAAUGUUGAUGUUGUUUACACUCCUUGGUCUAAUUUGAAGAAGACUGCUUCAAUGGAUGUUGGUCAAGUUGGUUUUUAUAACUCAAAAAUGGUUCGAACUGUUAGAGUGGAGAAGAGGAUAAAUGAGAUUGUUAACAGGCUAAACAAGACAAAGGUGGAAAGAACUCCUGAUUUGAAGGCUGAACGAGAAGCAGUUAAUGCAGCUGAAAGAGCAGAGAGAAAGCAACACCUGAGAGAAAAAAGCUCUGUGCAGAAGCGCCGUGAGGAAAUGGAAAGACUUGAAAAGGAGAGACAAUCAGAGCUUAGGAGCUACAAGGGCUUGAUGGUUGCAGAAAAUAUGACAUCCAACAAAGACAUUGCAUCUGGAAGCAAAUCACUGCAGGAACUAGAGGAGGAUUUUAUGUAAGCACUGAUCAUUGGAUUACAGGCAGAUGACUGAGUUCAGCUUGCUGCCAUGCGGAUUUAUGAUGAUGAAACUGCAUUUGUCUUGGUUAAGGAUGAAGGAGUGUGUGCACAACUGUGAUUGAGGGAUGAAGGAGAAGGGAAGAAAACCCUGGGGGGUAUAAUAUUGUUUUUGUACCUGAUGAUAGAAAUGAGACCAUGAGUUUUACAUUAAUGUUCUCACUGUUGAGUGUUGAGUCAAAAACUCAAGUUUCUUGCUAUGAUUAUCACAAAAGUCCUGUUAACCUUGUUCGGUUUAUAGUUUUAUUUUCCUUUUGGAAUUCGAUGUUAACUGCAUUUGAUUACUGGGGAAUUAUGAGGUGUUCUUGGUAAUACAGAGAAACUUUUCAUUCUUGUUGA